AUGCACAUGCUCAAGACAUGUAGCUUAGUGGUGAGCAGGUUGUGUCAUGCUGGCUGCCUGACAUGCUCAGCGUUAAACGGCUGCCUGUCCUGUAAGCCCCGCCUCUUCUUCCACUUGAAGCAUGAUGGGAUGCGGGAGAGGGGGACCUGUCUGCUAUCCUGCCCCAGAGGUCACUAUGGGACACGCUCCCCACAUGUCAACACCUGCACCAAGUGCAGGGAGGACUGUGUUUCCUGCUUCAACAGGAACUUCUGCACUCACUGUCACCAGGGCCACUACCUGUACAGAGGGAGGUGUGAGAACAGCUGCCCCGAGGGCCUGACCCCAAACGCUGCACUAAGAGAGUGCAAUGAUUGUCUAGUGGGCUGUGAGGUGUGUGUGACGAGGAACACCUGCACCAGGUGUAGAGCAGGACUGUACCUCCUGCAUGGCCAGUGCCAUCAUACCUGCCCAGGGGGGUUUGAGCCUGAUAGACAGCUCAUGGAGUGCAUUUCUCAAGUACACUGUCAGGUGGGAGAAUGGGGAGACUGGGGCCUCUGCUUUCGGAGAGGGAGGGACUACAGGAAUUUUGUGGAGGUACGAAGACGAGAGGUCCUACGGCACCCCACCCUGUACGGCGACCCCUGCCCCAAAGUCAAAGAGUGGAGGAAAUGUGUCAUCGAAAGGAGACCGAGUCCAGCAUUAGCUUAA